AGCCGGCCACCUUUUCCUCCCUCCUUCCCCUCUCCUAGUCUCCUUUCGCCUCCGAAUUCCGAUCACCAAAAAAAGGCCUUUCUUUUCUUUUCGUCGCCCUCUCGGUGCUCUGCUUCGCUGCGUCGCCCGCCCGUCUCUAAAAGCCUUGUGUGGAUCGUGGACGCCGACGCGGCCGCAGCAGCAGCCACGGGACGGGAGUAGAGGCGCAGAGAGAGAGAAAGAGAGAAAGAGAGAGAGGUUGUGCUCGCUGCCUGCCGCUGAGAGACGGAUGAAGAAGUGCCCAUCGGAGCUGGAGCUGGAGGCUUUCCUCCGCGGCCGGGAGGACGCCACGGCGGCGGCGGCGGCGGCGGUGGCCGAGCAGAAGCCUACGCACGACAUCGCUGCGCUGGCGCCGUUCGGCGCCGGUGGCGUGUUCCCCUCCAGCGAUCUGUCCGCCUUCAGCUUCGCUGACUCGAACACCCUCAAUGGAACUGGAAACAUCCAUAAUCACCUUUGGUCCCAUAACCACAACGUCAGGCAUCCCGCAGUCUCCACGACGAUCGAGUCGCAGUCGUCGAUCUGUGCUGCAGCAGCAAGUCCAACAUCGGCUACCAACCUGUACCUGAAAGAGAGCCAGGCUCUGGGCGGCACGAGUGGUUCCGACUCCGACAGCGAUUCGCUGCUGGACAUCGAGGGUGGCCCGUGCGAGCAGAGCACGAACCCACAGGACGUGAAGAGGAUGCGACGGAUGGUGUCGAACCGUGAGUCUGCUCGACGGUCCAGGAAGAGGAAGCAAGCCCACCUAGCUGACCUUGAGACACAGGUCGACCAGCUGCGAGGCGAGAACGCGUCGCUCUUCAAGCAGCUGACGGACGCCAACCAGCAGUUCACGACCGCGGUCACGGACAACAGGAUCCUCAAGUCGGACGUGGAGGCCCUCAGAGUCAAGGUGAAGCUGGCGGAGGACAUGGUGGCGCGCGGCGCGCUGUCGUGCGGGCUGGGCAGCCUGGGGCUGUCGCCGGCGCUGAACCCGCGGCAGGCGUGCCGCGGCCCCGACGUGCUGUCCGUGUCCGGCCUGGACUUCCCCGGCGCCGACGACGCCUGCUUCACGGGGCUGUCCCCGGCGGAGCAGCUGCAGCUCCAGAGCUCCCCCCUGCAGAGCAUCGCCGCCAGCCUCGAGAGCCUGGACAACCGGAUGGCCAGCGAGGUCACCAGCUGCGGGGGGCCCGGCGUCGACGUCUGGCCGUGGGACCACCACUCCAACGGCGGCCUGUCCAAGUGAAGCCGGAGACGCCGGGUGGGAGUGGGGUGAGACUCGCGCCGCUCGCCGACGGCACCUAUCCUGUCCUAGUGUAUGCGUAUAUCGAUAUGCAUGGCGGGCGCUAGCUAUGACCAUGAGCCGCCGUUAUUUCUGUGUUCGCUGGAGUGGUGAAAGUGAACGGACUUGAGUUUUUCAGAGUCCCUCGUCUCCGUCGGUACAUUUACUAGUUCUGUAAUAGAACUGACUAGCUUAAGCUCGUGCUACUACAUAUAUAUAUGUAUGCUGAGAGACUGAACUCGAAGCAUAAUCAUGCUACCAUAUUAUGUCAUCAUUACAUUUCUAUCUCUA